AUGGUGAAAGAAGACAAGAGAUCCACCAGCUACGUCUACCCUCCGAGUAUUUGGGAUCAUGAAUUUGUGCAAUCUCUUAAGAGUGAAUAUACAAAAGAAUCCAAGUAUGGUAGGCGUGUGGAGGAACUUAAGGAAUUCGUUAGGCGCAUGUUUGCUGAUCAUCAAAAAGAAAGUGAUAGGUCCUUAGCUUCAUCUGAUUUGUUGAUGCUGAUCAAUAUCAUUCAAAGGCUUGGAAUCAGUUACCAUUUUGAUACUGAGAUUAAAGCUGCAUUGUGCGCCAUCAAGGACGAGCAUAUUAUUUGGGAAAAAGAGACUUCCGUUUUGCAAGCUGUGAGAUUUAGGCUCCUUAGACAACAUGGUUCUGAAGUUUCUCAAGGCGAAAAAAUCUUAAGAGAAGUACAAGGACUCACUGUGAAUUUUCUUAAAGGGUACAUGACAAUGAUGGAAGAGGAAGUAGAAGAAGAUAAUAACAAAAAAAUAAUUAUGAAAAAAAUGGUACGUCAUGCCCUGGUGAUGCCAUUACAGUGGGAUAUGCCAAGGGUGCAGACACGAUGGUUCAUAGACGUAUAUGAAAUGAUGGAAGGCAUGAACCCGCAGCUGCUACUUGAAUUUGCUAAACUAGACUUUAACAUGGUCCAAGCAAUUCACCAAGAGGACCUGAAGAACAUAUCUAGGUAUGUACACUAUUGA